AUUCUAAAUUUCAAGACUUGAAAGGCUCUCUCUCUCUUUCUUUGUCUUUGUUUCUCUGAUCUCUCAUUAUCUUCUCCAGUCUUGAGCAAUCUGAACUGUAUAUUUAUAUAUAGUUUGUUAACCACUGAGUUGAUUGAUUUUCAAAGAUGGGGAGACAGCCUUGCUGUGACAAAGUUGGGUUGAAGAAAGGGCCAUGGACGACUGAGGAAGACAAGAAGCUCAUUAAUUUUAUCCUCACCAAUGGCCAAUGCUGCUGGAGAGCUGUUCCCAAGCUUGCAGGCUUAUUGAGGUGUGGGAAGAGUUGCAGACUGAGAUGGACAAAUUAUCUCAGGCCUGAUCUGAAAAGAGGUCUUUUAUCAGAAUAUGAAGAGCAAAUGGUGAUUGAUCUCCAUGCUCAACUUGGCAACAGAUGGUCCAAGAUUGCUUCUCAUCUUCCAGGAAGAACUGACAAUGAAAUAAAAAACCAUUGGAAUACCCACAUCAAGAAGAAACUUAGAAAAAUGGGCAUUGAUCCUCUUACUCAUAAGCCUCUCAUUACAACUACUGAUCAGCAACAACCCCAGAAAAAUCUAAUGGAAAUUCAACAAGAAGUUCAAGAGCAACUACUGACACAACAAGAAUGUUCAGUUGAUCAUCAAAAUAAGGAACCUGAAACGUCUCCACAAUCAUCAGAAGGGGAUAAAUUAGAGGAAGAUCAGAAAUUUGAAACAAUGGAUAACAUCAUGAACAACAGUAGUUUUUGUACUGAUGAUGUUCCAUUGAUUGAACCCCAUGAGAUUAUUGUUCCAAGCUGUGUGCCAUCGACUUCAUCUUCAUCAUGUUCAUCGAAUUAUUCUUCUUCGGAUCAUUCUUCAAACUUCUGGGAAGAAUGGCCGUUUCCUGCAGACUUUGAGUGGCCCGACAUUAACGUAGGCUUGUGGGACGAUGACUUUAGCAGUUGGGAUUUGCUUAUGAAUGAUGAAGUUGACAAAAAAGCUGCAGCUAUUGUUGAUCCUAAUUCGCUUCUCAUUCAGUGCCCAACAAUGGUGUUUGAUCACCAGUGACCUCCAAUGUUCACGAUGCUUAGGACUUGUCACAGGGAUGAAAAAUAAUAAAUCGAAAACGGAAAAGUGAAACCGAAUCAUCUUUUUAUUCAGGUUUUUUUUUUUUUUUACUGCUGCAGAAAAGGAGACAAAAUAAAAGUUUUUUUUUGUACAUGGUGACUGAAAGCAAGUAUUAUGUCAAUCAAUACAUGUUAUGCCUCCAAAUUUUCUCUUAAAUAAAAGGGGUUUGUACUUUAAACCUCUGAAUUGGUUUUAUA